AGCAGCGAAACCAUCGCCGCGCUCUCGCUUACUAUUGGCUCUUCCGCAUCUCACGGCUGGACUGCGGCCCUUAGCCUGGUUGAUAUGUAUUUAUUGGCUUCCCCCAAUAGACUGGACAACAUCCCUUAUGCUAGAAACAUGUUUGCGAAGAUCUACGAGAUAUGAGUCACGAAUUUUAUGAAUGCCAGCGACUAUCGUUCGAUGGCGCGUUGUGCACGGUGCGCUAUAUCGGAAAGGUCGAGGGCACAACUGGCGAAUGGCUUGGAGUGGAAUGGGACGAUCCAACACGCGGGAAGCACUCAGGGGAACAUAAGGGAGUGAAAUAUUUCCGAUGCAAAAGUAAUCAUCCUACAGCGGGGUCGUUUGUUCGUCCAUCCCGGCCCACGGAGAAGCCCCGGGGUUUCCUCGAAGCCGUGCAUGAAAAAUAUGCAUCUGAAUAUGAGGAAGAGCUAGCUCAGAGCAAGCAGAAAGAGGAAGCAGGAACUGCUGUACCUCUUCCUGACCAAAUUCGAUUCAAUGGGAAGGUUGUGGAGGAGGUUGGGUUUGAGAAGAUCCGAAAGAAGCUCGCUGAGCUGCAGGAGCUCAGGAUCAUCAUCCUGGAUGGUCUGCGUAUUUCUGGAUUACUGGCUAAUGACGUUGCUCCUGAGCAGCGGGAAAAAGCAGUGGAGGAUAUUGAGAAGACAUGUCCCAGAAUUGUUGAACUUGACCUUAGUCAUAAUCUACUUCAACGAUGGGUGGAUGUGAGAGAUAUAUGCAGGCCAUUGAAAAAGAUCAAGCUAUUGAAGUUGAAUGGAAAUCGGUUUGAAGCCAUCAAAAACGAGUUGACAUUUGAGCGGAUUCUAGAGUUGCAUUUAGAUGAUACCCUAUUGACUUCGGACGAGAUUGCGCUUUUGAGCUAUCAAUUCCCGUCCCUGACAUCUUUAUCCGCGUCCAGCAACCAGAUCUCAUCUAUCUCAUCAACGUUUUCGCCCACAAUCCAGAGCCUGACCCUAGAGAAUAAUGAGAUUGAUUCUCUUUAUUCGGUCCGGAGUUUAGCAUCGCUCCCUAAUCUAGACCGGCUUUCGUUAAGAGGCAAUAACAUACGCGGUGUCUUGCCUUCAGAUUCGCCCAGCGAAGAUGCACCAUUCCAAUUUUCCCCUACCGUCCGAUCUCUGGAUGUCUCUCGCAACAAUAUCAAUUCCUGGAGCUUCAUCAAUGCUCUUCCAAGACUUUUCCCUGGUCUCAAAUCUCUACGGAUAUCUGAUAAUCCUCUAUACGACCAACCGGUGGCACCCUCCAAUGUGACAAAUCUGCCUGAGAAAUCAAUGACGGUUGAAGAAGCUUUCAUGCUAACCGUAGCCCGUCUACGGAACCUCGAAUCUCUGAACUACAGCAAGAUUACUCCGCAAGAGCGAACUAAUGGAGAACUGUACUAUCUGUCUUUGAUUGGAAAGGAGCUCUCGGCCUAUCCUGAAAGUGCAGAGAAGAGCAUCCUGGCGAAUCAUCCUCGGUACGGUGAAUUGUGUGACCUAUACGGAGAACCAGUUAUCAGGAGAGCGUUGGACUCCUCCAGGGGAGACAUCAACCCACGCUCCGUUGCCGCGAGAUUGGUCAGAUUUACGUUUUAUAUACCGGACACCAACAACAGGAGAGAGCACACGCAGGAGAUACCGCGCACUUUCGACGUCUAUAGAGUGAAAUCUAUUGUUUCGCGGCUCUUCGAUCUAACUCCUCUCGGCUUCCGAUUAAUCUGGGAGACAGAGGAAUGGGAUCCCGUGGACGAAGCAGAUACUGGUCUUGAUGAAUGGGAUAGCAGCGAUGAUGAUGAACCAGAUGCCGCAGAAAGCGAAGGGCAGAGGAUAUCCAAAAAUGGAGCUGCAUCAGACAGAGUCAUGACAAGAGAAGAUGGGAACAAGUUCGUCAAACGGGAGGUAGAGUUGGUAGAUUCGACGAGACACGUUGGAUACUGGUUUAAUGAUGAUCUUAAGGAAGCGACUGUGAGGGUGGAGGUCGCCAAUGUAUAAGGUGCCAAAUAGAAAGGUUAGUUCUAUUAAAAUAGCGAACUAAAUCUUUGUCUUUUU